CGUCAAUAUUUCACCGAUGAAAGUGGUCUGAAUCGGCGCAACAUUCAGGAUAAUCGUGUCCAUUGCUGUUUAUAUUUUGUACCACCAUGGGGUCAUAGCUUACGCCAAAUGGACCUGGAUCUACUGCGUCGCUUACACCGUAAAGUCAACAUUGUCUUGGUUAUAGGCAAAGCCGAUUGUCUAACCAAGACCGAGGUGCGUAACCUCAAAGAACGCAUUUUGCGCGAUCUGGAAGACAACCACAUACAGUUGUAUCAAUUCCCCGAAUGUGAUUCCGAUGAGGAUGAAGAUUUCAAGCAACAAGAUCGCGAACUUAAAGCCUCCAUUCCAUUCGCUGUGGUCGGCAGUAAUGUCAUUUUGGAUAUUGCCGGUAAAAAGGUACGCGGUCGCCAAUACCCCUGGGGUGUAGUGAAUGUUGAGGAUCCCGAACAUAGUGAUUUCAUUAAAUUACGUACCUUCCUCAUUUCGACCCACAUGCAAGACUUAAAGGACACCACCCAGGAUGUCCACUAUGAAAAUUUCCGUGCUCAAUGUAUUUCACAAAUAUCACAGCAUGCCCUGCGGGAACGUGGUAAAUUGAAGCGUGAUUCAAUAAGUUCCACCAAUGGGUUUGAAGCUGCCAUCACAGAGACGGAUCGUCUGCUGUUGCAAAAGGACGAGGAGAUACGUCGCAUGCAGGAUAUGCUCACGCAGAUGCAGGAGAAACUGAAACAGACGCAUCUCAUGGAAAUGAAAAAGAAUGACAGUGUCAUAGAUGUUUAGAAAUGUAGAAUUGUUGUACA